AUGGGCCAGUUUCUUUCUUGCAUCUUGGGGCAAUCGCCUCUGCCACCGCUUUUAAAGCUGCCGGUCGAGAUCAUUUUAUUGAUUGCGUAUCAACUCUCUUCAUCUCCCGAAUCCCUCGUUGCGCUCUCGCUCACCUGCAAAACCCUGUCCUUCCUUUGUAAUAGGGACGCCGUGAACCUCGGCGAUGAGUCGCGGCGACAUCUUUUGUUACUACUUGAGAAAGACCUCGGCAACAAGUUCUUCUACUGCCAUGUCUGUCGCCAACUCCACCACUUUUCGCAGCAAUGGGAUAACCUAAAUCCAUGGGACUACAAGUGCUAUGACUACCAGAUCCUGAACACCUUUAGGCCGAGCUACUCAUCCCUCUACCGACUGAGCUAUAUCCAAGCGCGUCUUAUUAUGAACCGUCACUUCUAUGGCUCCCCGAAAGGGUUGCCUCUGGAAAGUAUUCCCCAUUCCGCUGUAGCUGCCAAUGAGGAUGGUAGGCCACCGUGGCAACAAACGAUAUCUGCAAGGAUUGUUGGCGAUGAACUAUUCCUCUGUAUCACGCAUUCGCUCACAGGGAGAGCGGCUACAUUACGGAAUGUGAUUGACAAGGGACAGUCUGGCAUCUGCCAGCAUUUAGCGUGGGGUCGUUUUCGCCGUAUGCCGGAGUUGAUGAAGCCGGAGGGAGAUGGGUCAAACGAGUUGUCGCCUUUCCAAGCUUGUCACGAGGUGCCGGGAUACUGCACUAUGUGCCUGACUGACUACGUUAUUACGGUUGAGCGUACUGAGGAUCAUGAGAGGAUACGCAGUGGUACAGAGGUAGGCGCCAAUGGCACUGUUACAUUAAAGCCCUUAAUCAAUGGCUGGUCUAUCACAUUGAUUGCCUACCAUCAAGUGGGACAGUGCCGAGACCCAGAGGACUGGAAAUGGACGAGACUUAAAGAAACUCCAAGAAUCACGUUAUUCCCUCAUGAAGAACAUACACAACAUCGGGAUAUGGCUCUUCAUCCUCCUGGUGCAAUAAAAGAAAAAUGGCAAACAGGGGAGACCUAA